CAGCAGAUCGCGCCACCGUAAUGGUCUCCGCCACGUUAUAUGGGAGUUAUAGGCCCCUGGGGCUCAAGAACGUCUAAUUCUUGUAGGACUUCAACCGGCGCCUUCGUGAGAACUCAAGAGAAUCUGGGUCGUCCGCUAAUAACUUUGCGGAAGGGAAGACCUCUUCCGUUUCCUUCAUUCCCUACAUUGAUCCAGCUUGCAGACGUUUUCUGUUAUUCGAUCUUAAUGCGAUAUAAAGAGGUUGCCAUAAAGUUAAUGACAUGUAGUUCACUCUAUCGGCAUUCGGCUAACUUCACCUAUUCGCUCAGAUAGCGAGAGAGAGCGCUCAAGUAGCGGGAACCAGAGAGUAUACGCGGGCACUGCGUUACAAAGAGUAUAUUACCUCUUUAUGUUGCAUGAAGAUCGGAUAACAGAAAACGUUUCCAAGCUUCAGAAUUCGUGUUGGGAUAUCCAAUCUUCAUGCGAUGUGUCUCCCGAUCGGCAACUGUGUUUUGAGUGGUUUAGAGGGGAUGGAGAUUUUGUAUCAGAGUGUGGCUUUCUGAUUUGUACUGGGUGCAGAUUGGAAAAAAGGUCCAGGGAGUUCGUUUAUAAAAAAAAUGAUAGUACGUUGUUUCAGUGAACUAUAAAUUAAAGGUAUUUUUUUAUAUUACAAGAUUUGAAAGUGUAGAUAAUGUAUUACACCCAAUUUGUUUACAAAUAAAAACAAUAUAUUUUUAGAAUAUCGAUAUUUUGCGUGCAAAUUGUUUGUGGAGAUAUCUGCAGGAUAAUAUGCGAAAAUGGCUGGAAACUUUUGGCAGAGCUCUCAUCAUCAGCAGUGGCUUCUGGAUAGACAAGAUUUGAUUCGUGAACGUCAGCAAGAUCUUACUGUAUUAACAGAAGAAGAAUACCAAAAAAUAUUUAUCUUCUUUUCCAAUUUAAUACAAAUACUUGGAGAACAGUUGAAAUUGAGACAGCAAGUAAUUGCCACAGCUACUGUGUUCUUUAAACGGUUCUAUGCUCGUAACUCUUUGAAGUGUAUAGAUCCUUUACUUCUGGCUCCAACUUGUGUCUUCCUUUCUUCAAAAGUUGAAGAAUUUGGUGUAAUCUCCAAUAGCCGUCUCAUUACAACAUGUCAGACAGUUGUGAAAAAUAAAUUCAGCUAUGCAUAUACUCAAGAAUUUCCAUAUCGCACUAAUCAUAUUUUGGAGUGUGAAUUCUACCUAUUAGAAAAUCUAGAUUGCUGCCUUAUUGUGUAUCAACCCUACAGACCAUUGUUGCAAUUAAUCCAGGAUAUUGGCCAUGAAGAGCAGUUGUUGGCACUGGCAUGGCGAGUUGUAAAUGACAGUCUGAGAACUGAUGUGUCUUUGCUAUACCCUCCAUAUCAAAUUGCAUUAGGAUGCCUUCAGAUAGCAUGUGUAAUUCUCCAUAAAGAUCUAAAAACUUGGUUUGCAGAGUUGAAUGUUGAUAUUGAGAAAAUUCAAGAAAUAGCUCGUUAUGUGGUGAAUCUGUUUGAGUUAUGGAAAUCUUAUGAUGAAAAGAAAGAUAUCCAGGCUCUUCUUGCAAAGAUGCCGAAGCCCAAGACGCAGCCAAGCAGAUAAUAUUUAGCUGAUGAAGAACCAAAUGGCCAGGUUUGGGCUUCUACAGAGGAAGAAUGAAGUGAAUAGACAUUUAAAAAAUUAAGAAAUGCUAUGUUUAGAUGCAGACAUAUAUAGUGAUAGUAUUGUCCUUAAUGUCUUGCAAACUUCAGCUUCUCAUGUUCUAAUGAGUUCAAUACCAAUAUGGUUAUGAAGAAAGAGUUGAAAGAAAACAGUCUUGUGUAUGGUACAUGCUACAAAAUAAAUUACCAUUUCUUAAAAAAUAUAUAUUUAUUUUCUUUAAAAGUCACUGGCACUGCCUAUGGGAUACGAAAUAUAGGAUAUGUUAUAAAUGAAAAUGAAGUAUUUUUGAACAUUUAGUUUUAAUUAACCUAGAGCAAAUCUUCUUUCUGCUUUAAUAUAAACAAAGAUCAGUACCAAGAUUUGGAAGUUUGAACACCUGAAAAGAGAAGUACUGUUAAUGCUUAAAAAUUUUGGAAUGGCCCUGAUGUUUCUGUUAUUCAUUAGUUUUCUCUUCUUUUUUUCUUUGUAAGUUAUGUAUUCUUUGGCAUUGAGUAGUUCCACAAGUAAUUUCCUUUUGCUGCACAACACAUUAUUGUUAACUGGGAAAAUUAAUUUUGUUAUUUUUGAAGGGUGUUUUUUAACAUUUAAUUAUUAGCAAAUAUUUAGUGGCGAAUAUUCAAAUUUUGGAUCUUUAGUAACUUCAGUUUUAUUAAAUGGUGGUUAAGAUGUGAUGAAAAGUUCCAUUUCCCUAAAACUAUUGCAUUUAUUAAGAUACAAAUUUUUUAACCUUUUAAAAGUUUUAAGAAGUGUCAGAAUGUAAUUUAACUAUUUGGGUUACCGAGGAAUAAUGUACAGGGUCUUUUGUAAUGCAUUUUAUUGUUUGUGACUUCAUCACAAAUAUAUUAUUCUUCAUUUUAUCUUGGUUUGUUUGCUAUAGUACUGCAAAAUUAUUCCUUGCUGCUUCAAAAAAAUCUUUUCUUUGAAAUGCAAAAUUGAAAUAUGAAGUAAUUUAGGUUAAAUUUGUGAGAUAUUCACACUAUUUAUUUUAGAUGAAAAAUAAGAAUAAUAGUAUUCUGGAUUACAAUUAGAAUAUUUUGGGCCUACCUAGUUUAUAUAAAAAAGUGAUUAUGUUCAACUGUGAGUUUAAUCAUACAAAUUAUUUUAACUUAAGUUAUGCAAAUUAUUUUUUGAAAAUAUAUUUAGUCAUCCAGUUCACUUUUCUUUGGGUCACCAUAUUGUCAGUGAGCAUUUUUACAAAAUUUAGCUAUUUUUGUGACUUGGUUUCAAAAAAAUAUUCAAUAAAGCAGAUAUGAAUUCAAAAUGUAUAUGUAUUUUCAUAUUUAGGAACUAUUCAGUCUUGAAAUUUACAUUCAAGUUCUGAAAGCAAAACUGUGUUAACCUAACAGGGCUUAAAGUUCCACAAUUUUUAAGGAAGUGAAGAAAAAAAGUCAUAAAUUAUUGUUGAGACCUCAUAAACAAAUGUUUCAUACUUUUUAUUUACAGAGAAACUGUACAAAAUUAUUAAUAUUAAUUGACAUUACAAUAGUUAACAUUGCUUAUUGAAAAUGCAUUUAUGAGCAAUUUAAUAUUUGUAGAAGCCUUCUCCAGUCUUUCUGCCCAAUUUACCUUCCGACACAAGUUUCUCCACAAGUUUGCUGGGUUCAAAAAGUGGGUUACCUGGGAAUUUCUUGGCCCAUGCUAUAAAACAAAAUGUUAGAGGCAUUACUACAACACUUAAUCU